AUGAAUGAAAAUAUUUUAGAGCGAGGAUGCAGUCUCGCUUCGGCCGAGGGAGAAUUCAAUUACAUAUUGAAAAAAGGAUCCUCGAAUUCGCCGAAACUCAAAUCUUUGGAAAUUAAAAACGAGGCAAAAGUCGUCAAAGUUUUGGGCGACGAAGUUAUGGUUAAAAACAAAUGCGCGAGUUUUAAAAUUCCGCAAUGCGUUUGUGUCAGAGAAGGGGAUAAUUUUAAAAUUCCAGAGAUUUUGUCGACGCCGAAAAGUUUCAAUCAUUUAUCAUCGUACGGGAGAGGAGGACAAAAAGAAUCGUCGUCGCCGGACGAAUGUAAAACGAAUUAUAAAAAUUUAGUGGUGGAAUCGUGUAAAAAAUCGAGCAAGAAAAAAAAUAAAGAUUCCGAACAAUCGGGUAAAAAAGCUCCGGAAUCGUUUUUGAGGAGUCUCAAAAGGAGGUCGUUGAGAGUCGCAAGAUCUAAAUCUUGGGUUUGCACGGAAAAAAGAAAAUCUGGAGGGAAUACGUGUUGCAAAGCAUAA